AUGAACUUCUGCCAUGCACGCAAGGCAGCUGAAACCGAAGUGGUGCCCAUCCCCUACUUCUUUGGCAGCUCUGAACGUGCGUAUGCGAUGCGUGUGAAGAUCUCCGGCAAAACGAUCACCAGAGAUGCUUUGGUAAACAACAGAUACGUGCUUACGUGUGUCAUCAACCAUUUGGGGUCAAGGGUCUCAGUGGAUGUGCUUCAGCUCCACAUCCAAUCGCUCUAUGAGCAUAUGAAAUUGGAAAUCUCCAGUUCUAUUGCCCAUACUCAAGCCUGGUAUUUGCGGCGUUGCCUCACGGAGUAUAACAACAUCGUGCGGCGGCCACACUUGCCAAGAGAGUUGGCAGUGAGAGAGCUCAUGGCUGAUACGGGUGUGGACCUCACUACCUAUGGAUCCCCUCCCCGAAGUGAAGAGGAUUUGCAGGUUGUGGAGGAAGAAGAUUUCCAAGAGGAUGAAGAAGCUGAGUCAGAAUGUGAAGAUUGUGAUGACCCUUGUUUCUCGUUUAUAUACAUAAAUUUAUGGGAAUGUGUGCAAGGGUUUGAUUCGAGGUGCUCACACAUAUUAAUUUGA